AUGUUUGUGGCGCGCAGCAUUGCCGCGGACCAUAAGGAUCUCAUCCAUGAUGUCUCUUUUGACUUUCACGGGCGGCGUAUGGCGACAUGCUCUAGUGACCAGAGCGUUAAGGUCUGGGAUAAAAGUGAAAAUGGAGAUUGGCAUUGUACUGCUAGCUGGAAGACACAUAGUGGAUCUGUGUGGCGUGUGACAUGGGCUCAUCCUGAAUUUGGACAGGUUUUAGCUUCCUGUUCUUUUGAUCGAACAGCUGCUGUAUGGGAAGAAAUUGUAGGAGAAUCAAAUGAUAAAUUGCGUGGACAGAGUCACUGGGUUAAGAGGACAACUCUAGUGGAUAGCAGAACAUCAGUUACUGAUGUGAAAUUUGCUCCCAAGCAUAUGGGUCUUAUGUUAGCAACCUGUUCAGCUGAUGGUAUAGUAAGAAUAUACGAGGCACCAGAUGUUAUGAAUCUUAGUCAGUGGUCUCUGCAGCAUGAGAUCUCAUGUAAGCUAAGCUGUAGUUGUAUUUCUUGGAACCCUUCAAGCUCUCGUGCUCAUUCUCCCAUGAUAGCUGUAGGAAGCGAUGACAGUAGUCCAAAUGCAAUGGCCAAGGUUCAGAUUUUUGAAUAUAAUGAAAAUACCAGAAAAUAUGUAAAAGCAGAAACUCUUAUGACUGUCACUGAUCCUGUACAUGAUAUUGCAUUUGCUCCAAAUUUGGGGAGGUCAUUCCAUAUUUUAGCUGUUGCAACCAAAGAUGUGAGGAUUUUUACAUUAAAACCUGUGAGGAAAGAACUUACUUCCUCUGGUGGACCAACAAAAUUUGAUAUCCAUAUAGUGGCUCAAUUUGAUAAUCAUAAUUCUCAAGUUUGGCGAGUGAGUUGGAAUAUAACAGGGACAGUACUAGCAUCUUCAGGGGAUGAUGGCUGUGUAAGAUUGUGGAAAGCUAAUUAUAUGGACAAUUGGAAGUGUACUGGGAUUUUGAAAGGUAAUGGGAGCCCAGUCAAUGGGAAUUCUCAGCCGGGAAACUCAAAUCCUUCCCUAGGCUCAAAUAUUCCAAAUCUACAAAAUUCAUUAAAUGGAUCUUCUAUUAGCAGGUAUUUCUUUCCCCCUGUGGAUUCCCCACAGGCUGGAUCGAGAUGGUCCAGUUAUGCCCAGCUUCUUCCUCCUCUUCUUCCUCCUCUGGUAGAACAGUCUUGUGAUGUUGACACUGCCAAUCUCCAGUAUCCUCACCCACGCAGCAGACGAUCUGUCUCACGGCCUCUUAACUCCUUACCUGAGAGUGACGGAGUUUAA